AAUCAGCCGUUCUCAGCCUUUAGCGGCUAUCCAUGUGGACAGGCACCAUGCCUUGUUGUUCUCCACGCCCAUUGGUUCCCUCUCAUCUACAUGUUUUAAUCAUGUUCUAAUGUACCGCAGGAUAGGGCUACUGCGAAAACCCGGAACAUGGAUUCCGUAUACGUUUCACAAUAUUUCCUCCUUUUAUGCUCUAAUAAGCGACCGGAAACACAUUUAAACAGCGUCUAUCGUGCCAUAAAAAUAUCACCCUGAAGUCUUGAUCAUUUAUAUAUACAUUUCGAUCUCAUUAGAGAGAUUACGUUCGGUAGAUUCCUGAUCCUACCGCUAAGUAUGACAGCGUGAUCUGUCCUAGUUUUUAAUCACUGGUAGUAUUAGGGCGGAGUAUCCCCAGCGAGGGCGGACCUUGAACGGUAUGCCUUUCGACUUGUAUUUUCUAUUACUCCAAUCGCCAUCUUGUUGCCAGUGAAGUAAUGUGUUUCUGAUGAAUUUCGGGAGCGCCCUGGAUGUCUUAUGACUGUCUUUGGAAGCCAGUUGGAUUAUACUGUGAUUUAACCCACCACAUAUAUCUGUAUCGGGGGCUUGCUUGCAUACAUUAUUAACGGGAACGUAUUGUAUCGGUGUUCAAAAUGAGUAUCGAUACUCUAUUGGAAGCGGCCAGGUAUUUGGAGUGGCAAGCCCAGCAACAACAGAUUACACGUGAGGAAGAGGAGCGAGAGAAGGCCCUGCUGUCCCGUGAGGCUGAGCAGAAGCUCUCUACCCCCAUUAUCCAGUCUGUCCAAGUUAACCAUGUGACCUGGGUCGACGACAUGCGGCUCGAGCCACACUGCCACCACCAGCACCACCCUCCGGUCCAGCCCCCUCCCCUCCCACCACCUGUUCCCAUAGCUGUCAUUCCUAUCCCAGUGGUCCCUGCCAACCCCGCGGCCCCUCCCAUUCAGACUGCUUCGUCCCUUCACACAGCCACCUCUAUGCCAGUGGUCACACCCUUGGGCUCAGCCCUGUCCCCACCAGCAGUCCCCCUUCUCAGCCCUAAUGGCAAGGAUGCCCAUUCCCCACCACAGCAGCAGCAACAACAUCAUCACUUGAUCGCACACGUAAAAGCAGAAGCUACCAACUUGCCUCCAUCAAAUAACAGUCCCAAGCAGCAGCCACAACUGCAACAGACGCAGACGCUGCUGCAACCAUAUCCAGCCCCCAUCAUCACAGCCCAGCAUCCACCACAGCAACACACCCUCCUGCCCCAGCCAGCACUAGCCCAAGCUCAGCCUGCACCAGCCCAGGGUCAGGCAGGCCAGCCGCCCAGGCCUAACGGAGCUGUUGUGGAAGAGCCACGCAACCUGGAUGGCAAAAGGAGACCUGGAGGGGCUGGAACUCGAGAAGUUCACAACAAGCUGGAAAAGAACAGACGAGCACAUCUGAAAGAAUGUUUUGAGAUUCUCAAGAAGAAUGUUCCUAAUGUGGAUGAAAAGAAAACGUCCAAUCUGAGUGUCUUAAGGAGUGCUCUCCGCUACAUCCAGACUUUGAAGCGGAAAGAAAAGGAAUACGAGCAUGAGAUGGAGCGCUUGGCGCGGGAGAAGAUCGCCACUCAGCAAAGACUCGCCGAGCUGAAGAAUGAGUUGAGCCAGUGUUUAGACAUCACGGAGAUCGACAGGAUACUCCGACAAACUGUCCAACCGGAAGAUGAUCAGGUCUCCACAUCAACCGCAUCAGAGGGUGAAGACAACUUUGACCAAGACGUAGAUGAUGACAUCCUCUCCUCCCCACCCUCGUCUUCUGCGGCCAAACCAUCUGCACCGACACCAUCAGAGCCCCGCGCUGCCAUACCUCCACCCUCCAUUCUCCCUACACAUAUCUCCAUACAACACAAAUCCACCACACCACCCUCCGCUCCACCCAGUCAACCCCAGCCCACAGCGGUCACCCCUCAAGCCAUCGCCCCUGCACCCCCUUCCCACCUUGUUUCCCCUCCUCAGCCAACAGUCAUCACCCACGCAUCUGUAUCCCAUGCGUCCGUGAUCCAAGCUGUCAACCACGUCAUCCCAGCUGGGCCUAAACAUCUGGCGCACAUUGCGCCCUCUAGUGGAGGUCAGCCUAUUGGACACAUCACCGUGCAUCCCGUGGCCCACAUUUACCCGCAGUCAGUAGCCGUCUCGCAGCCGACGGUGGUGGGGCACAUCACACACACAUUGGCGCAUCACCCGCACACUCACGCCCAAAUUAACGGCACACCAGUUACAGGUCAGCAGGCUACCAUGAUGGGAAAGCCAACGGCCGUGGUCGCCCACCAUCACCCCGGGCUGAUGGGCCAGACGGUGCUCAAUCCGGUGACUAUGGUAACUGUUCCUCCGUUUCCCGUCAGCACACUAAAGCUGGCCUGAGAGAAAAGAGAGGCUGCACAAAAAGACUUCCUUGAAAGGAGGUCUCACAAAGUGAGAGCAAGAGAGACUAAAGAUGAAGAGCUAAUUUCUAAAAGGACGACUAGGUCUCGUUCAGAAAUUCACUACUGUCGCUCCAACAGGCCAGGACCUCACCUGGAUCGGAGCGUAUCCUCUUUGGCUUGUAGAAGGGGCUUGCGUGCCUUUUGCGUGUCUAGCGCUGGAAAGAAAUUCAUGUAAUGCAUUUUUGCUUAACUAAAUUUGAAGACAUUGGUCAGUCUUUAGUAAUGUGAGAGUGGAGUGCUAAAACAAAUCAAUUUUUUCCAUCGUAUCCUUUUUCAGUAUGCAGAUUAUCUAGCUUUACAUUCAUUCACCAAAAAAACUCCAUGAGUCAAAAAUGAGUGCUUAAAGCUCAGUACUGAAAGCAUGCAGGAAAAAAAGUGUGUACUUUGUAACUUAUCUUUAUGGGCAUUUAAAACUCUUCAAACGGGGCUUUUGACUAAAAAACUGGUACAUUCAGACUUCAGACAGAUCAGGUUACUCGAAGUGUCUUUAUACUUGCGAGGAAAUAUAAGUGCCUAAGCCCCAAUUCAAGGCCAGUGGCGCCACCUGCUGCUUACGCAAUGCAACAACAUUGUUUUAUAUGAAGCGUAAGAGUAUAUUAGACAGACAUGACUUGACCUGGAGUCAGACAUCUGUUGGCAAUCAAGAAACUCAAAGUCUUAAAAGUGUCGAGGUGAAUGGGUUGUAAGGAAACUUACAAGUAAUGUACAAUUAAACAUCUAAGAAAGACAUGAAUUUGAAAGUAACGUUCCAUUAAAUCAUUCAUAACAUACAGCAAGUGCUAAGACAUUUAACGUAACAAUCCUUAGUAGUACUUGAUUAACGUUUCAAAUGAUUAAAAUCGUUACGUAUGGCGUCGCGGUGUCGGGCAUUUCCCUUUCUUCAAAUCAGCAGUUAACAAUGUUCCCGUGCUGGUAGCGACACUUUAAAAACUGUCGAAUGAAGUCUUUGAAAAGAUGUUAACGUAAAUCGAACUUUUUCGUCACGCGCACGUUGAUGGCGUGUCUAAACCAUCUAAACGCGCGCGCCCUUGUCCAGUGUAGAUCGGUGCUGUUGUGUCCAUUUUACGUUCACUGCCGCUAAGUCAUUUUUCAUUAUUGUGUGAUUGUGUAAAUUUGUCAUGAGGUAGGCACUUGUUUAUAAGUAUUUUAGGAGGUUAAAACAGGCUGUUUUGUUGACAACAGGACAAAAAGCCUUUUUGCCAAUAGCAGUGGUGCUUUCAAAGUCGGACUGUCAUUCUCAAUGCACUCGCUUGAUUGAACCUGCACAAAGUCAGACAUCUGACCGUAAGGUUUGCUGUCGAUGGUUAGGUACACCACGUUUUAUAACCAGGGUUAUU